AUGCAGCGCGAAGAGUGCAUCUACAACUUGAUCCCGAAGGUGCACGUGGAACCUGCCAAGCCUGAACGGUAUCGCUCCAAGUUCGAUCCUAAAGUGCAGCCGACAGGAACCACUUUUGGUGUACGUGGGAAGACCAAACUCGAAGGAGCCAAUCUAGGAACAGCUCAAAAGAUGGAGAAACCUGCCAGUGCCCGUGGCUUUGGUCGUCUACCUGCCAAACCUGAUCCAAAGUCCUUCAUCCGUAAAGGUGAUAAGAGCACAAGCAUCGUCUCCAAGAAGCCGGCAAAGUUCAACUACCCUGGAGCCACGAGGCCUCCUGUAGUGAAAAGAGAUGAUAAGCCCAUUAUGGGACUCAAAUCUGCCAAGAAUUUCGUCACUGCCAAUGCAGUUGAGACGAUCCUCGCUGUACCAGGCAAUCGAGCACGCGCCAAGGAUGAACCUCCGCAGUACAGGACCAAGGAGGACUAUGGCCAGGUGCCACGAUACUUGAGUCAAGUCAAGGACGAGAUCGAGCGCGAGAACUCCAUGAUCGAGGAGUUCGUGCGGCAAAACCACAAUCUCAUGGAGGAAGACGGUCGCGAUCGCGUGGAGCCCAUGGACGAGAGCGAGCGGCUGGGGCUUGUAGAUGCGCUCAAGUCCAAAUGGGAUCACGUGAAUGCCAAGUACCAGAAACUCUGCCACAACGUCGUGUUCGACACGUUGGGUAAAGUGAGGCGAAAAGAGACGUUCGAGAGGGAGCUGACGCAGCUUGAGAAGGACAUUCAAUUGCUCGAAAAGGGUCGCGUUGUUAUUAGCCAGAACAACGACCGCUAUGGCUACUGAGUCUCAAAGUUGUUCAAAACAGCUUUGAUCCAGUUGUAAUAGCUACAUUUUAG